GCAGUGAUAUAAAUCCGACUGGUUUCAGUCCAGCAUCACUGCAGCUGUUCAUCAGACUCUCAGACUGAAGGACCUGCUACAGCUGAACCAUGAGCAGAAGCUGGAUCAGCACUGACGAGGAGCUGCGUCAGGGGGACUGCCUCAUCAGUGAAAAUGGCAACUACAAGGCCGUCUUCCAGGAAGACGGCAACUUUGUCAUCUACACCUGGGCUCCAGUUUGGGCGUCAGAUACAUAUGGCAAAAGCCCAUUUCGAGUCCUUCUGCAACAGGAUUCCAACCUGGUUAUGUACACCAAAGAAGAUACACCAGUUUGGGCCUCAGGCAGCCACUCACCAGAAGGAAACUCUCGGAUGCGCCUGACCAUGUCUAAUGAAGGACAACUGGUUCUCGACAGAAACGGAAAGACGAUCUGGCGUUCUGUAAAGAAAUAAGGAUCAUUUCUUGAUGUGGCAGGAAACAUGGUUUGCUCUGAGAUUUAAAUAAAGAGCUGUGAUGUUCA